GGAGCUGCUGAGCACCGGAGCACCGGAGGAGUUUAUCACUGAACCUGAGAUCUACCUGCUGGAUUAUCACUCACUAUGAGGAGCUGUUCUCUCUGAGCCACCGAGCCGAGCCGAGCCGGACCGAGCCGUGUCUACCUGUUGAGGACCAUGUCCUCCAGACCUCUGGUCCAUGUCCUCCUGCUCCUGUCUGUCCUGUCUGUCCUCCUCACCUGCUGCGGAUCCAUGGAGUUCUCUGAGGAAGAGGAGGAGGAGGAAGACUCCGAGGAGGAGACAGUCAACCAGAUGUUGUCUCCGAGAUCUUACCAGAGCGACGCCACGGAAAUACUCAACAACCUGCUGAAGGAGUACGACAAGAAGCUGAGACCAGAUAUAGGAGUUAAACCGAUCGUUAUAGAUGUGGACAUUUAUGUGAACAGCAUCGGACCGGUGUCCUCAAUAAAUAUGGAAUACCAGAUUGACAUCAUCUUCGCCCAGACGUGGACAGACAGCCGGCUCAGAUACAACAGCACCAUGAAAAAACUGACUUUAAACAGCAACAUGGCGGGACUUAUCUGGCUCCCUGAUACCAUCUUCAGGAACUCCAAGAGCGCAGAUUCCCACUGGAUCACGGUGCCCAACCAGCUGCUCCGGAUAUGGAACAACGGCAAAAUCCUCUACACCUUAAGACUGACGAUCAACGCUGAAUGUCAGCUGCAGCUUCACAACUUCCCGAUGGACGAACACUCGUGUCCGCUCAUCUUCUCCAGCUAUGGAUACCCGCGGGAUGAGAUGAUUUACAAGUGGAGGAAGAACUCGGUGGAGGCGGCCGACCAGAAGUCCUGGCGACUCUACCAGUUUGAUUUCAUGGGUCUGAGAAACACCACGGACAUCAUACAGACGACAGCAGGUGACUACGUGUUGAUGACGGUGUACUUUGACCUGAGCAGACGAAUGGGCUACUUCACCAUCCAGACCUACAUCCCCUGCAUCCUCACCGUGGUCCUCUCCUGGGUGUCCUUCUGGAUCAAGAAAGACGCCACGCCGGCCAGAACGGCUUUAGGUAUAACCACCGUGCUGACUAUGACCACCCUCAGCAGCGUGGCCAGGACGUCGCUACCCAGAGUGUCUUAUGUCACCGCCAUGGACCUGUUCGUCACGGUCUGCUUCCUGUUCGUCUUUGCUGCUCUGAUGGAGUACGCCACGUUGAACUACUAUUCGUACAGCGCUCGAAGACCCGUCUACAUGCAGCCCAAAAGAUCGAACUAUUCCGUCCUGGAUGUGAGACCUCCCCACACCGUCAUCACGUUAAACAACUCCAUGUACUGGCAGGACUUUGAGGAGGCGUGCGUCUACGAGUGUCUGGACGGGAAAGACUGCCAGAGCUUCUUCUGCUGCUUCGAGGAGUGUAAAGGAGGUGCGUGGAGAAAAGGACGCCUCCACAUAGAUUUACUAGACCUGGACGCAUACUCGCGCGUCUUCUUCCCCACCUCCUUCCUGCUGUUCAACAUAGUUUACUGGGUAGGAUAUCUCUACCUUUAGCACACUGCCUGGUCACAGGAGGACAAAUAAAUUCCUUCCUGUGCUACCUGGAGAUUAAAAGACAGUGAGACGUCUUCAGGUGUGAUAGCAGGACACGUUACUGAUUCCCUUCAACACACAGAGGGAGGACAGGAUGGACUGAUGACAAUGUGAAGACAAAGAAGGAGAUGUGCUUUGCACUGCUACCCCAACUCCUCGGUCAGGAGGAAGACUUGCGUCGUAGAGAAUGUACCGGCACGUUAUUAUCCAGCCAUCAGUGAAAUCCAGUUGAUGAAAAUCCAAGGACGUUCAGACCAUUCAUAGUGCCUUCCUCUGGAGGGGUAGAUACGAUCUGCUACAAUAAUCAGGGAAUAAUGAUUUAUAAUAAAAACACACUGAAGAGCCUGGCUUGGACUGAUUAUGGCUGUUCUCAUUCAGAGUUACAUUUAUAAAACAGACAUUUGUUGUAACAGCCACAUGAAAAAUAAUUUUAUCUCUUCAUACGGACCCUCAGCCAGCAGGCGUGACUCAUUCCUCCCGCUCGCAGCACUAUUAGUCGCCCUAUACUACGGUAUAAUAAAUAAAUCGGUUCCCAGGGAAGACAGCCAGUUGAAUAAAGCUUACAGCGGAAAAAAUAAUGUGCUUUAUUGGCUUCUACGUUAGAGGAUGUGAAGUCAAAGAUUUGUGUGUGUGCAGGUAUAAAUCUCUCAUUGUCGUACCCAGCGGCUGACUGCUGGGUACGACAAAAGGCAAUCCAGCACUGAGCCAAUACUCUCAGUGAUAAAAUACCUUUUCUUUAAGGGAAUAGUUUUGGGAUAUUUUAGGAAAUACAUUUGUUGGCUUUCUUGCCGAGAGUUAGAUGAGAAAAUGUAUACCACUCUCACGUCUGUGCGCUAAAUAUGAAACUGACCACAGACUGUAUAGAAGAAGUUGACCUAGUCUCUGUGAUGUCACCCGUCGGUUUGUGGACCGUCGUUUUGAAGCCUCGAGUUCGUCACUUUAGCUGUCGGCAAUGUUUUUUUUUUGCCCGUUUCCAUCUUGGUUUUUGGCUAUCACUAUGUUGGCUUU